AUGGUAGUCCAGCCUUUGAAAAAUUUUGUCACUUGGAAUAGAGAGAGCCCUCUUAUCCCACCUUCCCCUCCUACUCAGUGGGAUGCCAUCCCUACCUCCAUGUUAAAAGCAUUGCCAAAAUUCACUGGAGAUGGUUCUAAAACCCCUCAAGAGCAUUUAGAAGAUGUAGUCGACGAUAUUGCGGUUGAGAAUAGAGAAGAUGCUGUAACAAGCCUGGUAUAUGAAGCGAGUGCGAGAGCGAACGAUCCAAUCUUGGUUUGCACUGGCGCCAUCUGUCGAUUGGAGAAGGAAGUAUUGCACCUUCAAUCGCAACUGGCAACCGUUCAAGCAGAGCUCCUCAACACACAGGCUAAUCUUUUGUCGCUCCUCACCAGAUUUUGUAACUCCGUUGGAGAAGAAAAUGCAUUGGACGUCGUACAUCAAAACGAUCCAUAUAGUGAAAAUGGAAAAACAGUGGAUAAGCUAAGGGUUCUGCAAGAGGAUGAGGAUCCGUUUGGAUUAUGGGCGCCACUCUGA